GGGUGCGGUGUUGGAAGGUACGCCGACGGCAACGUCUAUGAGGGCGAGUUCAAGGCGAACAAGUUCGACGGGCGAGGCGUCAUGCAGUACGCCUGGGGCGAUGUCUACGAUGGCGAGUGGAAGGCGGGUCAGAAGGAAGGACGCGGUGUCUAUCGGUUAGCCAAUGGGAACAUCUACGAGGGCGAGUGGAAAGCGAAUAUGAAGGAGGGGCGCGGCGUUGCCCGGUUCGCCGAUGGCGACGUCUACGACGGCGAGUUCAAGGCGGGUAAGCAGGAGGGGCGCGGCGUCUACCGGCUCGCCAACGGCGACGUCUACGACGGCGAGUGGAAGGCGGAUAAGAAGGAGGGGCGCGGC